ACGAAAAUUGAGCCUCAGAGUUUCGUUUAAGAAUUCUCUUUUCUGUUGCUGAACCAAAGAGAUACAACACAGAUUCAGCGAAAGUGAAUGGCAGCAAUAGGAUUUGCGUCAUUUCCCUGCCCUUACAAGAUUGAUCAUGAUUAUGAGCAAUUGAAUUCAGUUCAUAAGAUUUGGACCUUCUCUAUCAGCAGCCAGUUGGAAGUGCCUGCGAGGAUAAGUGAACGCCUAAGAAUGGAUAAAACACAAAUAUGCCAAUUUCAAUUUGCCUCAUCAAGUCAAACUCGAGCUCACCUUGUACACCUAGCACCCUUGUAUGCCACCUUGAAUGGUCCAAGAGGCUUUGGACCUCCCCCAAAGAAAAAUAAGAAGACAAAGAAGUCAAAGAAGACUAGCUAUGAUGAUGAUGAUGACGAUGAAGGUGAAGAAGAGGAAGAGUUUGAACCAGAUGCAGGCAUAAUACCAGAAGUAGUGACCAACAGAAUGAUAAGCAGGAUGGGAUUCACAGUAGGGGUUCCAUUGUUUAUAGGGCUCUUAUUCUUCCCAUUCUUCUACUAUCUCAAGGUUGUUUUGAAAAUCGAUGUCCCUACAUGGGUGCCCAUCAUUGUUUCAUUCAUCUUCUUUGGUACUGCCCUCUUGGGUGUGAGUUAUGGUAUUGUAUCCUCCAGUUGGGAUCCAAUGAGGGAAGGCUCACUCUUGGGAUGGAACGAGGCUCAGAAGAACUGGCCUGUAUUUUGGGAUUCUCUCCGCGGUGGACCACGUAAGAAGUAGAACUUACUCCGAUUUUAUCUCAACUGAUCCUUUUCUUUCUUUGUAUUGGAAGUAGAGUUUGAUUCCCUAACCCAAUAACUAGUACGUUAGUUCUAUUGCAAAAGAAGCAUAAAAAGUUGAUUUUAGGCUUUCAAUGAUUAACAUGAUGAGACACUUUCCGUUGGGGAGUUCAAUAAGGGAGGGAAGAGGGUGCUUACUAUUUCAUUGAUUCAAUUUGAAAUAAAGUAAUCAAAGAAAU